AUGACCGGGAAUUUAACAAAACAUAUGAAAUCAAAGGCACAUAGCAAGAAAUGCAUGGAUUUGGGAGUCUCAGUAGGCUUAAUAGAUGACCAGGAUGGAGAAGAAGAAUUUGGUGAGAAGCAAAGAUUUGGCUACGACCGGUCAGGAUAUGAUGUGGAGGAGUCUGAUGGUGCGGAUGAAGAUGAAAACGACAAUGAAGAUGAUGAUGAAGACAGCCAGGCUGAGUCAGUCCUAUCCACAACCCCCUCGGUAACGGCCAGCCCCCAGCAUCACCCCUCUCGGCACGGCGCUGGCGCUGACGAAGACAUCAGACUUCCAGACUGUUUUGCUGGGGUUCACACGGACUCUAUGGAUGGUCUGCCAAAAGCGCUGCUGACGAAGAUGACCGUCCUUAGCGCGGUGCAGUCGGCGAGCAGGACCUCCAGGUCACCAGCAGAAUUCACCCAUCAGGAAGCACACGAGGAUAAAGCCCAGGAGAGAGGAGCGGGUCCCCGCGGUGCUCGUGUGGCACUGGCAGACGUCACUCCUACAUCACCAGGUCGCCAGAUGUCUGUGGAUUACCCCGACCCAGAAGCAGCCUUGGGCCACUCCUUAGUAUCAACUGCAGCUCUUGCAAAG